UCGUCUUCACGUAUUCUCGAGUGAGGCGGCCAGCGAGAGGAGCGCGAUCUGUUCAAAUCGCCAGCGGAGAUGAAGACGAUCCUCUCCUCGCAGACGAUGGACAUCCCCGAGGGAGUCACGGUGAAGGUGAAUGCCAAGAUCGUCGAGGUGGAGGGCCCGCGCGGGAAGCUCACCCGUGACUUCAAGCACCUCAACCUCGACUUCGAGCUCAUCGAGGGCGGGAAGAAGCUGAAGGUGGACGCUUGGUUCGGCUCGCGGAAAACCACCGCCGCCAUCCGCACCUCCAUCAGCCACGUCCAGAACCUGAUCAGCGGCGUCACCAAGGGGUACCGCUACAAGAUGCGUUUAGUCUACGCCCACUUUCCCAUCAAUGCCUCCAUCACCAACAGCAACACCUGCAUCGAGAUCAGGAACUUCCUCGGCGAGAAAAAGGUGCGGAAAGUUGAUAUGCUUGAAGGUGUGCAAAUUUUUCGGUCUGAGAAGGUCAAGGAUGAGCUUGUCCUUGAUGGGAAUGACGUGGAACUUGUCUCUCGCUCUGCUGCCUUGAUCAACCAGAAAUGCCACGUAAAGAACAAGGAUAUAAGAAAGUUCUUGGAUGGUAUUUAUGUCAGUGAGAAGGGAACAGUUAAUGAGGAAGCGUAGUCAUCUAUUAAGAUGGUGUGAGGGGUAGCUGAGCUUCUGGAUGGAAUCAAGUUUUAGUUUAUUUUUUUAAUCUCAUUUAAUGUGAUUUGCCUUUGGCAUCAUAUAAUCAUCCGAUUAGUCUUCAAGUUCAAGAUAAUUAGCUGUGGAGACUUGUUCUUCCUUGGGACCAUAACGAGAUUGAUGCUUCUUUCCGAAUUGGCUUUCUUAGAAUUAUUGAGAGAACUAAGUUCAUGUUUUGUUCAAAAUUAGUUAGUGUUUGCAUUUUAAUUAAUCUAGUUCUGGUAA